CGCUGAUUUCACACCUGGGAUGACUAAGUUGGCAAGGUGAAGUGGGCGGAAGGAGGAGAGAGGGAGAGUAAGAGUAACAGGUGGGGCGGGAUCAUUAGCGCCCCUACCUGGCCAGCUGCUCGCCUGUCGCCCGGAGCAAGGCAUCCACUAGCACACCUUACGGCUUCUCCCUCUCCUGUUGCUGUGUCGAGCCUGGACGGAAGGAGGAAAAGAGUGCUGCGUCCUGCGGGUCACACGAUUCAUGACCUUUGGCUGCGAGCGAGUCCCUGAGGCGAGGCUGCGAAGGUCACUGCAUUAAACGAACUUUUGGAUGGCUGAGAAAAUUGAAAGACGAGAAAGAAGGAGAAGAAGAAAAAGAAGAUGGAUGGAAGAAAAGAAAAAGAAAGGAAUGAACUUCAUCGCACCAUGCCUGAGUCCACAAGUAUCAAGCAACAAGCCCAGUGCUGAUGGCUAUGAAGUUGAUAACCUGGUAGGAAAUUACUGUGAUCAUACUUAAACUAUAACCCCCAAGGUGGAUGGAGCUCUGUAUGAAUGGAUAUAAAGUUAAAGAUGCCACUCUUGGUGAGUGGCAGAAAGGGCUUCAUGGGAACGUACUUCAUCCGUCCUCCUCUAGAUAUAACUGUGGUAUUCCCAGUCCCCAUUGACAUAAGCUACAUAAAGUUAGUGGCAAGACUGGAACAGAAGUGCAGCACAGGUUUCUUAAUCUUCACAGAACCUGAGGAUAUCUCAUGCCAGCACCAGCAAGCUCAUCCUCGUAAAGCUUCAAAGCCAGGCAUUCCCUCCACCAGCCACAGUGGCCAUUCCUCCCCAUCCUGUGCCCCUUCACAUGACCCCCCCAAACCUUUAACAACAAGCCCGGAUGGAGACAGUGAUAUAUAUUUUUGUGUUGGACAAUUUUAUACAAAGGCAGAGGAUGAGUUGGUGCUCACAAAUCAUCAUUACAGACACUGGUUGAGACUUCCCAUGCCAAAUGCUAAUGGCAAUGUAAAGGAUCCAAGAGUAUUUAGAGGCUCCUUAAGACACUCAAACAGAAAAGCAUUGAAAUGUGUCAAAAGUGUAAUUAUAAGGAUACAGAGCACAGCAGAAAGAGGUCCACCUGUCUUGCGCUCCCUUGAGGUCUGGGGGCAGCCAGGUAUAUCCACAAAGAAAUUAAGAAGAAGAGAACUCCUAAGAGAGUGGUCUGCCUUCAAACCACUUGCCCAGUCUGAACCCGUGGUGCCUCGUCUGUACAACUCAUACCCAGAAGAGAAGAAGAUCCAAAAGCCUGGAUUAGAAGCACUAAGAAACAAUGACCUACUGGAGGUUCCUGAAGACUUCCUGGACCCCCUGACAUGUGACGUGAUGACAGUACCGUUGCUGCUUCCCUCUGGCAACUCCAUAGACGCACACACGCUGGAGAGAUUCAUUGCCAGUGAGGGAACUUGGGGGCGGCCUGCCUCAGACCCCUUCACCGGAGUGCCCUUCAGGGGAGACAAGCAGCCGGUGCCCAACGUCCCCCUCAAGGCUCGCAUUGACAGGUUUUUGCUUGCCAAUGGAGAACAUCCAGAGGUGGAGAAGUGUGGCCGCACAGUUGGCUCGUCCCUCAGCACCAGUGAGGCCACACCUGGCACAAGCACUAGUGUGGCCGCAGCUGCCGGGGCGUGGCUGCUGCUCCUCCUUGGGACCCUCGGAACUUGCAGCGAAGUGAACACGACGUCCCACAAGCCCGUCAACGCCACGAAGAGCAGCGCUGAGAGGGAGGAGGGCGCAGGGCGGAGGAUACUCAUUCUGCAUCCCAUGUACGCCGCCUCGCACGUCCUUACUCUGCGUGCCUUGGCUCGCUCCCUCGUGGCUCGGGGGCACCAGGUGACGGUGGUGAGGUGGAAGGACACGCACCAGUACCCCGCGGCGCGCCUCCCGGGCAUCACCGAGUUUGUGCUGGCCAUCAACAACACGGACGGCGCGGUGCCCCACGUGACGGCGGAGGAGCGGGGCAGCUUCGUCAUGCCGCAGGAGGUGAUGUGGAGCAGUGGCACAUCCUGGUCCGCCCUUCCCGUCGACGCCUUCAUCACCGUCUCCACCUACUGCCGCACCCUCCUGGAAGACCUGCCCCUCCGCCACCACCUCCGUCAGCAGGAGUUCCACGUGGCCAUCGUCGAUCUGAUUUAUAAUGAGUGUAGCCUCGCCCUUGCCCACGAUUUAGGUGUACCGGCAAUAGGGUACUGGGCUUUUACCUUCGCUGGGGGGGAGCCUCAGUACACGACAGCCUUCAGCCCACCCUCGUCCGUGCCCUUCAUCCUCUCCCAUUACCAAGAUGCCAUGACCUUCAAGCAGAGGGCAGUGAACCACCUGCACGCCCUCGCCAGCCACCUAGUCAUGCAGAUUCAGUUCGGCAUUACCGGUUACCACAUCUCGCGCCUCCUGCCCUCCUGCCCCCCGCCGGCCACCCUCCUCGCGGACAUCUCAGGGAUGCUCAUCAACUCCCACCCCGCCCUCGACUACCCCCGCCUCCUGCCCCCGUCUUUUAUCAACGUGGGAGGACUCCAGAUCCAGCCACCGAGCCCGCUGCCCAAGGAGCUGGAGGAGUGGCUGGCAGGGUCUGGAGAGGCCGGCACCAUCCUCUUCUCCAUGGGCUUCAUCUUCAACCCUCGCACCGUGCCCCUCGAAGUCAUACGAAGCCUGAUGGACGCAUUCGCCAGGCUCCCGCAGAGGGUGUUGAUGAAGCUGGAGGAACCGCACCCCGCCGUGCCCCCUAACGUCAAGGUGGUGAACUGGGUGCCGCAGCAAGACGUUCUCGGCCACCCCAAGACGGUGCUGUUCUUCACCCACUGCGGCAUGCACGGCGUCCUGGAGGGGCUGCACUACGGCGUGCCCAUGGUGGGGAUGCCCGUGUUCGCCGACCAGCAGGACGUGUUAGUGCGUCUGGAGGAGCGCGGCGUGGCCCGGGGCGUGUCCAAGCAGGCGAACGAGGACCAAAUAUACGAGGCCCUCAAGGACGUCCUCACCAACACCAGUUACCGCGCCAACGCUCGCCGCCUCUCCCGCAUCAUUAAGCACCACCCGCUGGACCCUCUUCGACACGCCCAGUGGCUGGUGGAGCACGUGGCGGCCACCGGGGGCGCUCAACAUCUCAAAUUCGCCUCCAGACACCUCAACUUCGUCCAGUUCUUCGGCCUGGAUGUUGCGGCCUUCGCUGUGGCGGCGGCGCUGGCCCUCUGGUACCUGCUGCUGCCCGUCCUGAGGCAUCUCAUCACCACGCUGCUCUCCGUGGCGCGGUUCAGGAGUAAGACCAAAAUCAAAAUGACGUGAUGUCAUUAGCUGGGAAAGUUGGACGUUGCGUUACCUAAGGUCGGACGUCAGGGAGGGAGAAAUGACUUGGCGACAUGUCUUUCAGCCACCCGCUGCUCCAACUCCUCCAUGAGAGUGUAUGGUAAAAGUAGCGAGUGGUUUACUCAUGCUAAGCUACGCGUUGCCUCAGUGCUCACCUCCGUGCCUGUAUCUGUGUUCCGUCAUACCUGGUGCACCUGCAUCACGAUGCUAACACAUUAACCUGUCGAGGACGCACUGAUUAGUCCUCUACUGAGUUCAAGAAGCCGAGAACCUGAACUACCUAACUACUUUUAUAAUAAUCUUAGUGUAACAUUUUGGAAGUUGUAUUAAACCUAGUACGAUGGGGAAAGUAGCUCACACGUAACAUAACACUUUAAGCUAUUAGUACACGUUAAGCAUGUUAGGUUUACGCCACUGCUGUGUGUAAACGUUCAUCGGUAUUAUUUAUACUUUAGAUAACUAUUUAGGUCUAUUAGGAAAGAAUUACCUAAUCAUACGACAAAAGGAAAGUGGUAAAACAUCUCAGAAGCACGUAUAAAAAAAGUGGCCAUUACAUUAUAAGAAUGUGCAGCGAAGAGCAGCACACGGCAUGCACGCACGCGGCGACCAAUGAAACAAGAAGUGCAGGGUGGGGAGUCCCGGCUGUACCCGUGGAGGCGUUUAGCAUCCUUUACGCGUGUGUGUGUUUGUGUGUGUGUGUGUGUGUGUGUGUGUGUGUGUGUGUCACUAUCACUAUACAGUUCGUACCUAACCAACUUCCUGGCUAAAAACAGAUAACAAAAGUGAAUUAAUCAUGAUUCUCUAUAUAUUUUUAUAUAAAUAAACAUGAACUGGUGUCAUAAUACUGCCUUCACUUUACAGUAACAUAACAUAAUAUAUUCAGUUUAUAAUUUACAGUCAAUAAUGAAAAUUAAAAUUAAGUAUAAAUUACGAGUUUAAUGUUUAUUGUUUAUUAUUUAUUAUUGUCUGUGAUUAUGUGUUGCAAUAACUAUAAUUUUGUACAUAAAAUACAAUAAACAUAAUAACAGA